AGAUUAUUUUGAUCAUUGUGGCUUAUGCUGUUGUUGUUACUAUCAUCGUUGAAAUCCCGAAUUUAAACAAGAAUUCCUGCUCGCGCCAUAUUUUUUUUUUAUCACUGUUGUUUCUUCAAGACACUAUGGACUAUACGACAGAAAAAAAGCUGAGACCGCUUUAUGAGGCUCUUGAUGAAGGUCAAAAUAAAAUUGCUCUUCAACAUUGUGCAAAAUUAUUGAAGAAGAAUCCCGACUGGCCUUUAGUCAAGGCUUUAAAAGCACUUGCACUUGUUAGAACUGGAAAAGAAGAAGAAUCCUUUGAAUUAUGUGGGCAAGUCAAAAAGGCCAUUCCUACUGAUGAGCCUACACUUUUAGCUGUCACUAUGGCUUUAAAAGAACUCGGAAAGCAUUCUGUCAUCGUUGAAUUAUAUGAAAAUGCAUCCAAUCAACAACCAAAAAAUGAAGAAUUUGCUAAUCACUGGUUCAUGGCUAUGGUACGUAAUAACGAUUUUAAGGGACAGCAAGCUGCUGCUGUUAAGCUUCAUCGUCUCUUUAAACAAAACAAAUAUUUGUUUUGGGCUAUUAUGUCCUUAGCUCUACAGGGCACACCACUUGCUUAUGUCCUUGCGGAACGCAUGAUGGGUAAAGCACUUGAAGAAAAUCGACUUCAAGAAGUUGAACAUAUGCGUCUCUAUCUCUUGAUUCUCAUGGAUCAACAAAAAAAUGAACAGGCUCUUCAACUUUUAUUAGCUAAUGAUGAACUUGCACAAAAGUCAUUACGUGAUCCUGAAAUACGACAAAUUAAAUCUGAACUCUUACGUGCUAAUCAACGAUGGCAAGAAACGUUAGAGAUGAGUCAAGCAAUAUUAGAUGGCGAAAAUGCAGAUGAUUGGUUUCACUGGUUGGCAUAUUUUGACGCUAUAGAUGCUUUAAAUGAUACAGAGAUGAUAAAUAAGGCGAUGGCGUUGGUUGAGCGUUUGCAACAAGCGGCCUUAAAAGCUAAAGUCUUGAAACGUGGCCCAUUUUUAGCUGAACUUGAAUUAGAUCACCGACUAUGGAAGACUGGAAAGAGAGAAGAGGAUGUUAUCUUGGAGCAUACUGCAAAAUACUUUGAACGCUUUGGAUCAAAGAAUUGUGCAUUUGAGGACCUUCAUAGUUAUAUUGGAUUUUUGAAAGGAGAAAAAGCCAAAGCAUGGAUCGAUCGCCUUAAAGAGACUAUUCAACCUGCAAAAGACAAAGCAGCAAAUAUAAAAAAUGUACACAAGCAGGUCAACAUCAGAAAAUUGGAACGUUUCCUUGGCCUUCACUCAGCUGUUGACGUUAAGGAAGCACUUGAGAUUGUUAACACAUUAUGGUGUGAAUAUCAAAAUGCUUUACCUUUAGGAGAAGGUUUGGAAAAGACAGAGAUGCAAUAUGGUGAUGAGUUUGCUAUAUUGGCAAGUCAUCUUCUUGUAGAUUUAUAUCAUCAAUACAAAGAGUCUUCAUAUUUGAUACAAGCUAUUUCACUCUUGGAAUUGGCAUUGACUAAAAGUAUUUAUAACUUUCAAAUCAAGUUGAUUUUGGUCCGCAUGUAUACCUUACUUGGUGUUUAUCAGCGACCUUUCGAAAUUUACAGGACUAUGGAAAUCAAGCAAAUUCAGUUUGAUACAAUGAUUCAUUACUUUACAGAUAGAUUUGCUUGUCUUGGUUGCUUCGACCAACUUGAAGAUAUGUUACAUGAAUCCUUAUUGAUUUAUAAGAGUAAUGAAGUUGAGACACCUGAAAUGUUAGUUAAAGCAUAUCAAUAUGGAACAUUCUCUAAGAUACAAGAAUUUAUUGAAUUCCGUCGUCGUCUCGACACUUCACUUCAACAUGCUAUAACUCAAAUCGAACUUAUACGUCUAAACUAUAUCCAUUCCUCCUUCCAAACUAAAUAUGCUGUCCAAUUCUUCCAAGAACAAGAUGUUAGUCAACUUACUUGCGAUAGUUCAGUAACAUAUUCUGAUAAUCGUGACUUCCGAGUCUUCCUCAAUUAUAAUGGUCAGGAAAAACCAAAUAUAGAAGAAUACUGCAAACCUCUUAAUAUGAGUACUUCUCAGGAAUGGGUCCAAGUUAUGUCAUAUAUUCUUCAUAUCAUGAGUGUUAUUUGUGAAACCAAAGAUUCAGCUAGAGACUUGUCCCAUCUAUCAAAGGGAUUGAAGGACUUAUUGGAAUGUGAAAAUGUUAAAAAACAAAUCACCCAUAAUGAAUUUUGGCUUGCUUGCUAUGUAUCUGAAUUAACUCAAGCAUUAGUAUUAUUGAAGAAGUCAGAGGAUGGUAGCAGCCAACUUAAAAAUGCAACUACUAUCUUGGAAGAUCAAUUGAGUAAAGUGGAUGCAUUUUCUGAAAAAACCCUUUCAUGGAACACGUUCCAUCAACUAUCAACAUCAUUAGAAGCAUUUAAUUAUGGUACUGUGUUGAUUGAAAUAAUAAACCGUACCUUAGGAUUGAACAGUAAGGAAGCCAGAAGAAAAGCCGCAGAAAAAGCAGGAUCUGAUCCAUUUAUGGCAAGUUUUGUUCAGCUUCAAGAAGCAUCUAAGAAAUCGUUAAGAGAAAUUCAAACAAUAGCCAGAAAUGGUAAAGAAUUAUUCAGAGCACAAUUACAAAGAAAAUUAUGUAAAGAGGUUUUGGAAUCAGAGAAUGUUGUAUCUUAUUUGAAGGAAAAUCAAAAUUUAAUUCAAGAACAUGUCAAGAUAAUGAUUCAAAGUUGGAGUUUAAGCUGUACACAAUUUUCAGAAGAAAUUGAUAGACGUGUACAAAAGUUGUAAUAGAAAUAGCUUAAUUUAAUUAUAAAAAGAAAAUUAGAAUGGUAUCAUAUGUAACUGAAAAAAAAUUACAUAUUCAUUAUUUUUUGUAGCAUGAUAAUAUAUACGUGAAUUUAUACAUAUAAGAUAUAUCUGUUUUGAUUAUUUUUUUUUUUUUUUUU